CCUUCAGAUUUGUGCAUCAAUAACUAGGGCGCGACUGGAAACGAACUCCCUCUGUACUCCGACUUCCGGCGGAAAAGAAAGUGAGUUCCGCGCUCCGUACUGCCGCGGCUGCAAGUGGACUCCUACCCCAGUGUGGAACGUGGGUAUCAGAGAAGGCCCCCUUCUGGUUUGAAGGACGCUGAUGGCUUUUGAGCAGACAGUCAAAAAGGAUUGGUAUAGCAUUCUAGGGGCAGACCCAUCUGCAGAUGUGUCAGACCUAAAACAAAAGUAUCAGAAACUCAUAUUACUGUAUCAUCCAGAUAAACAAAGUGCAGAUGUGCCAGCAGGAACCAUGGAGGAGUGUGUGCAGAAGUUCAUUGAAAUUGAUCAGGCAUGGAAAAUUUUAGGGAAUGAAGAAACCAAGAAAAAGUAUGACCUGCAGCGGCAUGAAGAUGAGCUAAGAAAUGUGGGGCCAGUAGAUGCACAGGUACACCUUGAAGAGAUGUCCUGGAACAAAGAGAGAAAUGCACCAAAAAACUUCCGGUGGUGUUGUGGCGGCUUCUUGCACUUCCUCGGACUCAGGCCAGCUGGCAGAGCCUUGUGGGUGGACCUGUCAUUGCCAAUUUGUAAACGCUGUUUAUGAGGAGUCUUUCUCUCUGAGCUGUCGAUGUGGUGGGAAGUACACUGUCUACAAAGAUGAAGCACAAGAAGCAAACCUUAUUUCCUGUGAUACGUGCUCACUGAUUGUGGAACUCCUUCAUCAGAGCUGAGCUGAGUGUUCAUCCCUGGGGUGCUUUAACUACAAGGAGAAGGAUGCUUUUUGUUAUUAGCUGUAUAAUUUGUGAAGAUGAUGAAAUCUUCAAGCAAAGACCACCAGAUUAACAAAUAAAUUCAGUUGUUUAUAUAUCUAAAAUGUAAAUUAUAGGAUAUUACAAAAAAGGACUUGAGUAAUAUUUUUGCAUUCUUAGCUAACAACUUUUGUUUUCUCUUUGGUACAAACCGAUUAUUUGCCUUUUGAAAUAUAAGUAUCUUUUUCAAAAAUCA